GGCGCCACCCCUAAACAACUAGUAUUUAAGGCUGCAGCCCUCUGAGUGCGGCCAGUAAGCACCCGUAUACCAAGUCGAGAUCUCGUCUCGGCCCGUCAAAAGUUUACGACGAGAUACAUCGAGAUGCGGUACUGCGUGGCUGCGCUGUGGCUGUCGGCGCUCACGACGCUGGCGGUGGCCGCCGGGGACGAGACCCACCACGACGUUACACCACAACAGACUGAAAACGAAGUAGAACUCACAGAUGAAGAAAAAAGAGCAUGGUCCAGUCUACACGGCGGUUGGGGGAAAAGGGGAUGGCAAGAUAUGAGUUCGGCGUGGGGUAAACGGGCUUGGUCAGAUCUAAACUCACCAUGGGGAAAAAGAGGGUGGCAAGACCUUAACUCAGCGUGGGGAAAACGUGGCUGGCAGGAUCUUAACUCAGCUUGGGGAAAAAGAGGUUGGCAAGAUCUGAACUCUGCGUGGGGCAAGCGUGCGUGGAGUGAUCUUUCUCAAACACCCUGGGGCAAAAGGGGUUGGAACGACAUGAGCUCUGCUUGGGGCAAAAGGGGAUGGAACGACAUGAGCUCAGCUUGGGGCAAAAGGGGCUGGAACGACAUGAGCUCUGCGUGGGGCAAGAGGGGUUGGAAUGACAUGAGCUCGGCUUGGGGCAAGAGGGGUUGGCAGGACAUGAGCUCGGCGUGGGGCAAGCGAGCACCUGAAAAAUGGGCGAACUUCCACGGCUCGUGGGGUAAGCGGUCCGGCCCUGAGACUGACUACGAGGACAUCGAUGCGGCCAUCGAACAACUGAUCCCCAUGCAACAGCUGGAAAACAUCGAGAGAACAGCAAUAGAAACACCAGAGAAGAAGGCGUGGCAAGCGUUACACGGCGCGUGGGGCAAGCGGCCUGUCAAGCAGAACCAGUUCAACAGCGGAGCAUAUUACUUCAAGAGGGAACCCGGCUGGACGAACCUAAGAGGGAUGUGGGGCAAGAGAUCAGCACAAGCCUCAGAUGUAACGGUCGACGAAGACAAUGAGAGCAGCCCCGCGAGAGACGACGCCUAGACCACUGGCAACCCUGUAAUAUAAUAACAUAGCAACACCACCAUAUCUUAAACGACUGUCUGUCCAUUUAACUUUCCACUAAUUAACUUUCGAACCUAACCUAACGUUAAUUCGUUUCGUUUCCAACCAACGGAGCGAAUUACAAUAGUUCUAAACGGUAUGUGUUCCUACUAUUUUUGUUUACCAAUCAAAUCAUAUACCAACUGCAUCUUGAGAUGACCUUAUUCUUGUUUUCACACUUAAAACUCACGUACAAAUACAAUUGUUAACCUAUGUCACCUUCUAGAGUAAAAUUUUAUCGAAGUUUAGUAUAAGUAAUUAAUUUUUACAAUAUUUGAUAUGUAUAACAUAGUUAUGUGCGACAGGUGUAACUAUAUGUAAUGCUAGUUAGUCAAAUUAAUUGGUAAAAUAAAUUAAUUGUAUUUUAUUAGUAAUGUUGAUGUAAAUUGUAACAGAGGCCACAGGUCCACGUUUGUCCAAUAAAAGUUUAUUCGGAA